AUGUCAAUUCACAAGACCAUGUUCGACACUUUAUCUCCUACGAGCGGCACCCAAACGACGGUUACCGCUCAAAACAUCAACAGUGUAGGGAGAACACCAUUUCUAUCGCUACGGUCUAUCGCUGGUUCGCUCGCUUCAAGGAAGGAGACACAAGCUUUGAAAACAAGCCUUAGUCGGAACGCCCCCUCGCCGUCGACGACUCCGUCGUACUCGGCACCGUCGAACAGGAUCCGGAAGUCACCACCCGCAGCCCUGCGACGAAACUUGAAUGACCAAAAUCGACAGUUGUCGGUCGCCUUCAGGCCCUCGAUUAUAGAGAACUGCCGACUUGGUGGAUACCUCUUGUCUGGGCAGAUAGCAUGCGGUACACCCGAGUGCUCAUUUGUCUGA